CAGGAAGUGUGGAGGUAAACAGAAGCGACGGUGUUUCCAUGGAAAUAUGUUAUGCCUUCUGCAGCGUGUAUCUUGUCGCAAAUCAGUAUUUUAUUAAAACUACGCAGUUGCUUCAAGUAUUCGGUUGUUUUAUGAGGUACAGGCAGUGUGAGAGGUGAGGAUGGCCGAUGUAGUGUUGGGCGUUGGGGCAGGUGUGUUUAUCAUCGCUUUAAUCUGGAUAGUCACUUUGGCGCUCGCCAUUGUUCUGUCACGGGCAACCGGCCCAACAAAGUUAGGAAUCAUCCCUAUAUUUCUUUUGGCGCUCACCGUCACACUUGUUUUAGUGUUCUUCCCUCGCGCUUCUGAAGUUCCCUCCCCUGAGAGAGCAGUUCAGAUAGUGGAUAUGUUCUUCAUCGGCCGCUACGUGCUUCUGUCCUUGGUGAGCGUGGUGCUCUUGGCAGCCCUGUUCAUGUUGCUGCCCUUACAUUUCCUGGAGCCCGUGUAUGCCAAGCCCCUGAGAACACACUAGACCACGAGGCUUCAUGUGCCAAACUCCUACAGAUAUCCCAAAGCGGGGCAGCCAACCUGGCAGCGCCGUCGAUCAACGAGCCCCGCUUGAGAUGAGAGGACAGCAGAAGGUUCCAGGGCUUUUGUCUUGCUGGCCAAAUCAGAGACGUCCACAUCUCUCUGAGAGCACGGCACAGAGGGGGCUGCGUGCAAGCAUGUGCAGUGCCAACGUUUCAGAGGGGUGUGGUUGAGUAAAGUUUUGUACAUUUUGCAUGUCAAAUAUAUAAUUGGACAAUUAAGAGAAUUUUUGUCUGUUUUGCAUUUUUGUCAUUUUAAAUGUAGUGUAUUUUUAC